UCGCUAUAUAAACAUGAUAAACAUGGUUAAACAACAUUAUUGAAAAAAUGGCAACUCCGUCAGUUGAUGUUUAUGUGAAAUUACCGACAGGUCGUACUUCAGUUUUGAAAUUAUUACCCAAUGAACAAGUAAAAAGAAUUAAUGAGCAUAUUGCAAAAGAAGAAAACAUUCUCUGCGGGAGAGUAAGAGUGAAGUACCAAGGAAAAUUCCUCGAUAAAUCUAAAACAAUCGGAUUUCUCGGAAUUCGUCCAGAAACUAUAUUAAAAGCAGAGUUCGUAAUUCCAAGAGAUAUCAAAGUUUAUGCUAAAGUAGUUGGGGGAGGUUCAGCUCCUAUAGAUAUACAGAACAUUAGUACAUUAGAUGAUUUAAAAUCUGCUGUUGAACGCCUAGAGGUUGUUUGUCCAAAAACAGUGAAAUCAUUCAAAAGCUCAGGAACGUUUUAUCGUCCAUGUAACACACCACUUUAUGAAACUAGUAUUAGAGAGGAAAGUGUUAUAGAAGUGACUUUCUGCGACAGAACAGAAGCUGACCCAGCUCAAUAUACAGAUCAUAAAGCUAUUGACGAUGAACUGAAAGAUGCCGUCCUCUCAAGUUUCGAGACGAACGGAAAGAAUGUUGAAGUAGUGUUCUCCUUUGACACAACUGGCAGUAUGAGUCAAUAUCUUGGGAGUGUGAGGACAAAAUUAAAAGAAACUUGUCAACGACUUUUAAGAGACAUACCAAAUAUAAAAAUUGGAAUUAUGGCUCACGGUGAUUAUUUUGAUUAUGAUAACUACGUCAUCAAGAUUCAGGACCUAACAGCAGACGUUCAACAGCUGGUAGAUUUUGCUUCUAGUACCCCAUCAACUAGUGGAGGGGAUGCACCAGAGUGUUAUGAGUGGGCAUUACAUAAAGCUCAACAACUGGACUGGACAGAAGAUUCUGCGAAGGCUUUGGUUGUUAUUGGAGACCAUGAGCCACAUCCACCAUCUUAUACAGACCAGAAAAUCAACUGGCACACAGAAUUAGACGUCUUAAAAGGGAUGGGAGUUAAGGUUUAUGGUGUAUUUUGCAAUAGUGCAGAAGGAAACGCCAAGAAGUUUUAUGAAGAGUUAGCAGACCGUACCGGUGGAUGUCUUCUUAGAUUAGCUAACUUUAGUUUAAUUACAGAAAUGUUUUUGGGAGUGUGUUACAAGGAGUCGAACCAGGAACAGUUAGAAGCAUUCACUGAAGAAUUAAAACUAGAAGGUAAACUAACGGAAGAAACCAAAGAUCUCAUGAAACAACUGGAAAAUACGAAACCAUCAAAAGAAAGAAAAACGAAGGACACUCCCAGUUACCUGAAAAAAUACAAAUUUGAUUGGUGGAACUUUAAACAUGACCAUACUAAAACACCACAGUAUAGUUACAGCUCUGAAACUGACAAAUGGAAACAAUACAACAAUCCAACACAAAUUCCUUCUUCGUCUUCGACAUCAAUCGACAUAAAUUCGACAAUAAUUACAUGCAGCUUAUUUAGGGGUGAUCGACAUCCCAAACGACGUGGAUGUAAUGUUAUGUGAACAAUGCAGUAUGUCAUAAAUGCACUAAAACUGUUAUAAGUAAAGAGGAUAUUCUAGUUUGAGGACAGUCUUCAUAACAAGCAUGUGUAAUGCAUGGCGGGGUCAGUGUCCUUCAUAACAAGCAUGUAUAAUGCAUGGCGGGGUCAUUGUCCUUCAUAACAAGCACGUGUAAGGCAUGGCGGGGUCAAUGUCCUUAAUAACAAGCAUAAACAAGCAUAAACAAGCAUAAACAAGCAUAAACAAGCAUGGUCCUUUGAAGCCCUCAAGAUAUGUGCUAUCAGCUAACAGGAAAAAGACUAUCAUGCAUACGUCAAUAUCGAUUUGUCACAUAAUACAACAAAGCAUACAUUUUCAUGGAAGAGGGUGCAAAGAGAGAGAGAGAGAGAGAGAGAGAGCCGUAUGGUGAUCAGAAUGUGCAUUGGCGGAUACAGAAAGGGUUGGUCUGGGAUUGGAACAUAGAAUUAGAAUGUAUUUUCAUGGAAGAGGGUGCAAUGAGAGAGAGAGAGAGAGAUGUUUUCAUUUAAUAUUUUGUUUCUUCUAAUUUUGUUCUUAAUAAAUAAAUAAAGAAAGAAAUAUAA